CCUCACUCCUCAGACCCAAAGACUCUCAGGCAGGUUUCCUCUGUAGAUCUUCAGUGUGUUCGUGAUGAAGCUGCUGGUUGUGUUGCUGUUCGUUGGUGCUGUGAUGGCUCAGAGAAGAGAAGGUACUGCAACACCAAUGUCUGUGAAUGAUAAUCAUCAGGAAGAAGGAGGACCUGGGACGUGGGAACCAUUCAAUGGGCGGUGGUUCACGUUUGUCACGGCCCAGAUGCCAUGGAGCAUGGCCCAGAUGUCUUGUAUGACUUUGGGAGGAAGCCUUGCCACUAUCCACAGCCCCCAAGAAGAUAAGUUUGUGAGUUAUCUGGCGCAGGGAACAAGAGCCUGGAUUGGCUUUUCAGAUGCACAGAAUGAAGGACACUGGCUAUGGAUCAACAGCGAGCCUGACACCUACACAGGGUGGUGCCCAGGACAACCUGACAACUGGCAUGGAGAACACUGUGCAACUAUUAACUUAUCCAGUGACCUGUGCUGGAAUGAUGAAAACUGCAACAACAAACGUCCCUUUGUCUGUGUGAAAUAAAAACUGAACUCAAGCUUCUGUGUCAGGGUCAAGGAAUGCCAAGUGUUCAAAGCAGUGAUCAAAGCAAAAUUGGCUGUAUGUAAAAACCUGAAACAAUUUUGGAGUUAUUUUGAGUUUUCUUUUUUGUUUGCUACAUCCUAUAUGUGUCCAUUCAUAGUUUUGAUGCUUUCAGUGAGAAUCUACAAUGUAAAUAGAAAUAGAACAGAUGCUAUAGUUAAAUCAUAUGUGACGUUAACAGUCUGUUGUUCUGUUCUAUUGUUUUUACUAGAACUUGACUUUCAACUUGAAAUGUCGGUUCCUGGUCUCUGAUUUUAUAGAAUAAAUUUCCUCCAAAAAGUG